GGGUGAGAGUCAAGAGGGAGGAGAGGAAUGUAACAUUACGAGUGACGGAGCUUAAAAAAGGAUGCUGAGAAGGGGAGGGAGGAAGUUGCGGUUGCCUGGAAACAGCACAGUAGAAAAACUCAUAUUGCUCCCAUGAGUGCGUGAGACGGCGAGAAAAAAAAAGAUUACGCGGGUGGAAGUAAAGCGUGGAUGCAAAAUAGCUGGAACGUGACGAGGACGAGAGGAGGACAACAGCCCAACUUGUCUUCAGGCGCUGCACUCAGCCAAGGAAAAUCAAAGCAAGAGGAGGAGGACUCUCGCAUCAGCAUCACCAAGUGUCCCCCUCGUGGAUCCACACAGGGGAUGCUAGGUCAUCUUUGAAUCACAUCACAGAGAAGCUCCUCUUUUAGUGAGGUGAUUUGUCACUAAGCAGCACACAGCAUGGGGACAGCGGAGGCCACAUUACGCAUGGACAGCAUGGAGAUGAAGGACGAGUGGCAGGACGAGGACUUCCCCAGGCCUCUACCUGAAGAUGGAGAUGGCCUCACUGACUCCAGAGCCAACCCCCCCAGCAGUCUGAACGUAGGCCGGUCCAGGGACCAGUCCAAGCGGCGCACACUAAUCGCCCCCGACAUGAACCUGUCGCUGGAGCAGAGCGAGGGCUCGGUGCUCUCCGACGACCUCCUCGAGACGCCCGACGACCUGGACAUCAACGUGGAUGACAUCGAGACGCCCGACGACACAGACUCGCUGGAAUUCAUCAAUAAUGGCAACGAACUGGAGUGGGAAGAUGAUACGCCCGUGGCCACCGCCAAAUCUCUCCCGGGUGAAGAAGGCGAGGAGGAACGAGACUCGUCGGGCCGUCUUUGGCGAACGGUGAUUAUCGGCGACCAGGAACAACGCAUCGACAUGCAGGUCAUUAGGCCUUACCUGAGGGUGGUCACUCACGGAGGUUAUUACGGAGAAGGCCUGAACGCCAUCAUUGUAUUUGCGGCCUGCUACCUUCCUGACAGCAGCUGUGACAAUUACACGUACAUCAUGGAGAACCUCUUCCUGUACGUGGUGAGCAGCCUGGAGCUCCUGGUGGCCGACGACUACAUGAUCGUGUACCUGAACGGAGCCACCCCCCGCAGGAAGAUGCCUGGCAUCGGCUGGCUGAAGAGAUGCUACCAGAUGAUUGACAGGAAAUUGAGGAAGAACCUGAAGUGUCUCAUCAUUGUUCACCCAACGUGGUUCAUCAGGACCGUCCUGGCCAUCUCACGACCUUUCAUCAGUGUCAAGUUCUUGGAUAAGAUCCGAUACGUGCACACACUGGAGGAGCUCAGCCAGCUCAUCCCGAUGGAACAUGUCCAGGUGCCUGAGUGUGUGCUGCAGUAUGAUGAUGAGAAGAUGAAAGCAAGACUGGACCAAGAGCAGCAACACAGCAAGACAUCCAUGCCGCUGCAUAAAGAAAGGCCCAAGCCAACCGUCACUGAGAUCGUCCGCGACAUCUGACAUUCAAGAGCUUGAAGUGUUAGAGUGGAUCUACCCAUGCAAGACAUUCAGAUCCAACAUGCUUUUCGGGAAUGUCAGGUGUGUAAAUCUAUUGUUCAGAAAGGUGUCUUAUGUAUUUGAUCAUUCUUGUUCAGAUGAAUGGCAUGGUGAUGAUGAUGAUGUUGUUUCUGGACCUUUUGUUGAUGAUGCAAAGGUAGCAUGCUUGUUGAUAUCCGUCUGUUGCUGUCAUCGUCUUGUUUUGAAGUUUUUUGCCAGAUGGAAAUCAUCAGCUGCUAUGAAAAAUAACGUGUAAAUAUUUGCUGUUUGUAAAGAGAUUAAUAAACAAGCUUGUCAUGCUACGCUUCUUAACAUGCUUCCUCUCUAAACGUGUUCCCCUUUGCUCCAGAAUACGUUUGACACCCGCUGCUCAAGGUUAUAAAUCAGAAAUACACGAGAGGACACUUAGUCACGCACAGUAGUUGCUGAUGUCGUAAGUAUCACCUGACUUAGUCACGCCCCACUUACAAGACCAGUCAAAAGUUUAAAGACACUUUGUCAUGCUGUGGAAUGAGAAGGUGUGUCUAAACCUUUGACCGGUACUGCUUUGCUUUUAAUUCAGUGUUCACAUUGUCACAACUUACCAAAUAUCAUUGUUAAUUGUGGGUUUAUUAAUAAUAAUUGUAUUUAUUAUUUUUUCUUUAUUUUUUUUAGCUAGCCUACGUGCUAAGCUUGGUAGGCUGUUGACAGGCUAAUUACUGGACAAAAGAAAAUGUAGCUAGUGU